UUCAGGUCGAGUGGAAGCAGCAUCAGCUUCCAGGCGGCAGCGCCCUGUGCUGAAAACAGCUAAAGUUUAGUAGUUUGUGAGUGUGUACAAACCAGGAUGAAAGCGAGAGGAAGCGCUACCAUCACUCCCAUAACUUAUCAGUCUGUUUUUCUUUUGUUGGUAGAAGGCAACACGUUGUUUGGGAUGUAAAUGUUAUGCGGCUGCCUGAGACUCUCGGAUUUUAGAGGGAUAACGCUUACCGCAGCUGGGACUGUGUUUUAGACCAGUACGAGAGUCACACAAUUAAAUGAAUAUCAGAAGCUCAGGAACAUUAUAACAAACAGAGCAUCAGUAACUGAUGGCCAUUAAGUGAAGCUGAAUGCUACGUUUACAGAAGUGUCUUCAACCACUGGCAAAAAGAACCUGACACAAUGCAGCUCAGCUGCACUGAAGUACCUCUUUAUGGGCAGUCAUCAGUAAUGGCAGAGUUUGACAAGCUCACUAAUCUUGAAGAAGAUGCCAACUUUUACUUUGUGUUUGGCGGUUCAAACAGAAGGCAUGUUACAUCAGCGCAUAAAGUGAAUGAGACCUGUCUUCAUUCAGUUGUUCCUGGUCAUGAUGUUUUAGAAUCUGUGUCUGUUACAAUUUACAAAAUCCUGGGAGAAUGUUCUCCAACAUUAAUGGGCACCAGCACCCUCACAUAUGUGCAGGACAAAAUCUGGGAAAUGUCACAGUUUCUGCUCACUCAAGCCAACAGCAUCACAUCAACAAGCCACCUCAUGCUACUUGCCCGGUUUGGACUUGCUGUAGAAGCUCUGCAGUCAUUGGAUAGUAGCAUUACAAAGGCAAUUGCUCAUGCAGAUGUGCCAGUAAUGCAGCAGUUUGCCAUGGCUACAACAGAGAAAGGAUCACGUUGUAAAGAAUCGCUUCUUCAUCUUUCAGUAAGAUUAGGCCUUCGGCAGCUCUCAAAGUUCCUGAUCAGCCAGCCAGGUGGUUUGAUUGCUUUAACGUUACCGAAUGAAGAUGGUGUUACGUUAGUAGAUUUGGCUUCUCACAAUGGCUUCCACCAACUAGCUGAAAUACUCAUAAAGUAUCAAAAUGUUCACAUUGCACCCUCUGCUGGUGUUAUUAAGAAGGCGCUUGACAGUAGCACUUUCCUGGAAUUUUGUCACGAGUCUGGCACCUUAGCACUGACAGUGAGCAAUACCAUGGAACGAUCUGUACAGGCAGACAUUGAGCUUCUAAGGAAAUGUAGUGAAGAUAGACACUUCCAAAGAGAAGUAUCGGAUGAGAAUCCCCAAGAAGAUGGAGUAGAUCGAAGAACACCACAUAACUCAGAAGAGGUCAACGAUCAGGAACAGUUAGUGAAAUGUUCGGCUGGAGACUCUGAUGAUCAAGAGGAUUGUGGCACAGAAAAAUCAACAGGCAAUGAACAGCUUACGCAUUUCAGAGAUGAUGUGUGCAAUAAAGAUGAGGAGCAAGAUUUGUCUGAUUCAGAAAAGCAACAGUCCUCAUUAAAUAUCUUUGGAAAAAACAGAGCUACACCUUUCACUGCUGUAACAUCUCAUCCAGUCAUGCUUAUAGGAAAGGAUGAAAUUUAUACAAACUGUAUGGCGGUGGAUGAGGUUGAAGACGUGUGUAUUAAGUACAACAUAGAUGGCAUUACUACCGAAAGCUCAUCUACGGAGUCGCCUGUUACUGAUCCCGUACCUGAAACCCAAACUCCUUCCCUAGUAAAGGAUUCAACUCAUAUUAUUUAUGAACUUUCUGAAGAAAACAAUAUUACUGAUGAUAAUGCAGAAGAUAUAAGUCAUUUGCACUCCAAUUCAUUUUCUAGUUUUAAUUUAUCAAGCACGUUUCCCACACUACAGCCUUAUGGGUUUAAUGGCAUGAGGAGUCCAUCAGGAGCUGAUAUAUCUAAAAGAAGUUCUAGCCCAGAUGCCCUUGAUGCUGACAGUGAAGAUGAAGGAAACUCAGACAGGUCCCCUUGCAUAUACCCUUCUAUGUCCCAGGGAUUCCCAGCACCCCUGACUAGCAGUGGAGAUGAACUUGAUUCUUUUGAUGUAAGCCCUGAAUCUGACAUCAGCAGCACCAGGACAGAAUCGCUGUCUUCAAAUACAAGCUUACAUUCAAAGGAUCCCUUAGAGUCUGCUAGUCGACUACGUUCCUAUUCAUAUUCUUCCCCAAAGACCUCAGCAGCAAAACAUCUCUUUGUACGGGACUUGGCUCCAGAGUCUUCUGAAGAUGGUGUGUUCGGUCACAGUGGCCGGUCUCUACUUCAAGCCCUCUCCCUUUCGAAGUCAAUGUCUCUUCUCCAUUAUGGUAAACAGCGAGCUUACAGCUUGUCUGAACAAUCCAAAGAAAAAAGGGAGAUUAGUUUCCGUAAAAGGGCACUUUCUGCUGAGGAAGAGGAGGAUGAGGGCAGUCCAGAACUAGCAGAUUCCCUGCAGCACCUGACAUUAUCGGAAUUUCUUAAAGAGAUUGAAGAAGAAGAAGAGUGGGACAAACACAUCAAUACCUCAAAAGCAUCUGAGUCUGAAAAGUAUAAAGUUAGUCGCACUUUCAGUUUCAUCAAGAACAGAAUGACAAGCCAAAGAAACAAAUCGAAGGCAAAGUCUAAAGAUGGCAAAGAAAAAAUAGUUAAUGGACAUCACCUUUUACUAGGAUCAUCUUCAGGAACAUGCAUUGUGUGCAACAGAAAUGCUGCAGGAAAAGAUGUUCUGCAAUGUGUCAACUGCACUGUAAUUGUACAUAAAGGCUGCAAGGAUUCUCUUCUUCUGUGCACAAAGCAAAAAUCUCAAGAGAGAAACCAAAGUUUCACCAAAAGCAAACCAAUUCCAGUCCUUCAGUCAUCUUUUAAGGAUACACCUUCACUAUCUGAAACUGUGAUACCGGUACCUUCUUCCUUACCUACUCUGCUACCAUCUAUAAGGAAAGACCUGAUGAUUCUUCCUACGAUCAGGCAUCCACCUUUCACAGCUAGUCUUGAAAGGAAGCAUUUGAACUCUUCAGACACAGAUACAGAAAAUACAUUCUGGAGACCUCGAUCUCAUUCAGACGAGCAGCUGGAGCCAGUAGAAACUCCAACAUCCACAGAAUCCUUCGUAAUCGAAGAUACAGUAGAUGCCCAGCUGCACAGUGACCUGUUUGCUGAUAGUCUUGAAUUUGAAGCUGACUCCUGGAGCCUUGUUGUAGACCAAACAUUCUGCAGUAAAUAUGAAAAAGAUGUUGUCAACAGACAAGAUGUAAUUUAUGAGCUGAUGCAAACAGAAAUGCACCAUAUCCAAACCCUGACUAUCAUGUCAGAGAUCUUCAGGAAAGGAGUGAAAGAACUGCAGUUAGAAUCUGGCAUUGUAGACCGUCUCUUCCCUUGUCUGGAUGGAUUACUGGAACUACACAAGCACUUCUUCCACUGUCUGAAAGAAAGACGACAAGAGUCCUGUGAGGAAAAUAAUGAUCGCAAUUUCCUUAUUGAUCGAGUGGGUGACAUCCUUGUGCAACAGUUUUCAGAAGAGAAUGCAAAUAAAAUGAAACACGUUUAUGGAGAAUUCUGCAGCCAUCACAUGGAAGCAGUUAAUCUUUUCAAGGAGCUGCUGCAGACAAACAAGAAAUUUCACCACUUCAUCAAAUUGCAGAGCAGUAAUUUUCUGGCCCGUCGCCUGGGACUCCCAGAAUGCAUUCUGUUGGUCACACAGCGUAUCACUAAGUAUCCUGUGUUGCUUGAAAGAAUUUUGCAAUAUUCUAAAGAAGGAACAGAAGAACACAAAGAUGUGACCCGCGCAGUUGGAUUAAUUAAAGACAUUCUAGCUGCCGUUGAUCUGAAAGUGAAUGAGUAUGGGAAGGAGCAGAAACUGCUAGAAAUCACGAAUAAGAUGGAAAACAAGGCAGUCGCCAAAAUGAAGAAUGGGCGCGCCUUCAGGAAGUCUGACCUAAUAAGUCGAGGAAGGAUACUGCUGCAUGAGGGUGUGGUAUACUGGAAAACAGCCACUGGUCGCUUGAAAGAUAUCCAGGCAGUACUGCUUACUGAUGUCUUGGUAUUCCUUCAAGAAAAGGAUCAGAAGUACACUUUUGCAGUGGUGGACCAGAAGCCCCCUGUUAUAUCUCUUCAGAAAUUAAUAGUUCGCGAAGUAGCCAAUGAGGAAAGAGGAAUGUUUCUAAUUAGUGCAUCCACAGUCGGACCUGAAAUGUAUGAAAUUCAUACAAACUCAAAGGAGGAACGGAACAGCUGGAUGCGGCUCAUCCGAGAGGCUGUGGAAAGCUGUCCAGAGGAAGAAGAGAGGACGAGUGAGUCUGAAGAAGAUAAAAGGAUUGCUGAAGCCAAAGUUGCCAAGAUACAAAGGAUCCAAGAGAUACUGAGUACCCAUGACAUGCAGAUAUACAGCCUUUUACAGGAAAAGUUACAGAUCUAUGCUGAGCUUGCAUGCAUGAGUAACUACGGGAAUGCUACUCUUGAACCACAGUUGCUUGUCAAGCCUGACGUGGGAGAAGUGCCACAGGCCUCACUUUUGUUGACAGCAGCACUCCAAGAAGUGGAAAGUUUAUUAUCAGUGGUAGAUUCCCAGGCACACAGUCCAGGAAGUCCAAUUGAAGAUAGUACAGAAGAGUUAAGCAUCACAGAAUGCAAUGCAUCUAUGGAUACUUAUGAAAGCACACCUGAUUCAUCCACUGACAGGCCUAUCACUACUACCUCAGGUGUAAGUUCUCAGUCUCUAAACUCAGACACGGAAGAAGCAGCACAAAGGAGUGAGUGUGAUUUUGACACAUGUCUUCCACAAACUGAACCUGAAACGGAUGAAUUUAACUUGCAGAAGAUUGACUACUUAUGCAUACCAGGAUCAUCCUACACUGAGAUUGUUCAAUGCAUACAGAACCUAACUCAGCUUUUAUACAGUAUAGAGGCUGCAGUGGCAAUGCAAGACAGUUAUACUGAGGUUCAGAGGCUGCUUCUGCAGGAAUGUGAAAAAAUGAGUCGCACAUAUGGUUCCCGUGGAACAGGAAACCUACUUCUAGAGCAGGAGAAGCAUCGUAACCUUGAGAAACAGAAGGAGGAGACAGUCAAUGUUCAGAAGCUUCAGAACCAAUUCGAACAGGAACGGCAACGAUGGAUGCGGGAGUGUGAGUUGAGGCGACGUGACCAGGAGAGGCAGGCAAACUGGUUACGGCAAAGGGAACAGGAAUGUCAGCAGCAUGAAGCCAUCCUGCACAGGGACAGAGAGGAGUUAGAUACUCAGCUCCAAGAGUAUCAGCAAAGCCUUGAGAGGUUGAGGGAAGGGCAGUUGCUGGUGGAAAAGGAAAAGGAAAAGCUUGAGUUGGAGCAGAAGCUGUUACAAACAUGGAAACACAGUCAACAGAGCAGUUUUCCUUCAGUGUACUCAUUAGAUAAUGAUCAGGUCACAAGUCGCAUGCGAUCUGAAAGUUUUGAUGAAAACUGUAUCUUUGUAAAUGAAGCUGCAAUGCAGAUGCCGAUGAACAGCUGUAACCCAUCAAAUACCACAUCAGGCCUUCUCUGCACAGACAAUCUUUUGAACACUGCAUUAAGGACUAGUGGAAAUGAGACAGACAUUCUUUUACAUUCGGUAUCUCCCACUAGCCAACCUUGGAACUCUACUGAUGUCCAUUACCAAGUGGCAACAAACACAGGGAACAUCAUGGCAGAGGACAGGGAUGCAUACAGCAAUGAUAUCAGGCUGCUGCACAUGCCAUUGGGAGAUGCAUUCCUUCCUGUCCAAACAGAGACCUCUCAGUCACAGAUAAGGCUCUUAUUGGAUAUUGACACUGAAGACAUUAGAGAAGAAGAAGAUAUUGUUUACAUCUGAAUAAUUUUAUGAUGCAAACUGUCUGGUAACAAUAUUCUGAAGUCCUAUGCCUAGACAAAGAAUUUCAGUUGGAGAUGGAAUUUAAUAUCCUGGAUUUGAAAUUGGGGGAAAAAUGGGUAAUGCCUGAAAAGUGAAACACUUUUUUAUCCUUUUUUCGACUAAGGAUUCUGAUAAACUGAUAAACUUAGAUUCUUCAGAAGAACUACAUAUAUCUGUUUUCAGAGGAUUCACUCCUGAUUAAAUUCUUGCUCACACCUACAGAACUCCAAAUAAAAGACUGGCUGUUAUGUAUACUUUUAUUUAGAACAACUCCAAAAGCUAUAUGUUGACUUCUUUACCAUGCUAUGAUUCUGUGAUGUUCAUGUAAAAUAGAGGCUGUAUAUAUUGCUUAUGUGUUUAUUUGUAACUUAAUGUUUAUUUUUAUUUUGGUCUGGAAGCAAAGCUCUUUUAAACAUUUCAGCAAUGCACUGCCCUAAAACAUUCAGUUCUGUACUCUUACACUAGACUGCACUCAGAAGGCAGCUGUAAUGUUCUUGACACCAACAUGUGUGGUUGCCUUCUUUGUCUUAAGCUUUAAAUAUAAAACACACAUUUACUUAGCUCAGAGAUAUGGUAAUCACUGCAAUUUUUUGGCUUACAUCAUUGUUACCAUUAAAUUAUGAAUGGACAUAUAGCUAAUUUUGCUUUUCUAUUUAUUACCAUAGUACAAACUGCCUUUGUACACUGCAGAAUAGAGGCAGAAAACCUUGGGUGCCACUAUUGUUGGUUUAAUACUGCACUUGUGUAGUUCAACAUUUCUUAACCAAUUUAGAAAAAGAUAAUAUGCAUAUUGCAGGUUGAGUGGUCAAACUGUUUUAAACAAGCAGGGAAAUGUUGGAUUGUUCAUUCUGUUGCAUUUGGUGAAAGGUUAAUAACUUUAGAAACUGCUGCAUUAUAUGACACUACUUUAUAUAAAACUAAACAUGAAGACAGAAGCCUGCCAAGAUGCUAAAGUAUGCAGCUAGUUACAUUCAUCUUGUGUCCCUCUUAUUCAACCCAUGCGCGAUAUCUCGUCUCACCUAAUAAUAUUCUUAAAAGUGCUCUGUGUAUUUACCACCAACACACACACACAAACACAAACAAAUGCAUACAUGCAUAUGUGCGCAAACAACUCACUAGUUUGUUUAUAUCUUCUUGGGUCAGUUUCUGUAAGUCCACAUGUAGAAUAUAUUCAAUGGCAACCCACUACUCACUGUCCUAUUUAAGUAAAGGACCUACUAGUUCUCAUAACUGCUUUUGUUGAUUUCAUUGCUUUAAACAAAAUAUUGCUUAUGGUUAAGGUAAUGCAUCCCUUAAUAAUUUAAAAUGUGCAGAUGAAUAUGAUGUGGUCUUUUGUAAAAUAAAGAAUCUGUUUUUAUUUCGAAUGGAAAUAUACUUUGCACAUUGAAUAAUGUAACCUCUGUUUUAUAACGAAUAGACAUUUCAUUAUCUAAAACAAAAAAAAACAAUGGCACUGAAGAAUCAUGGGUAAGCUGUCCAUUGGUGAAUGCUGUUUAAGUGAGGUUUUCAUAGUUUAUUCAUGUCUUACACCAUUGUUUUAUAUGUUAUUUUUCCUUCUGUGCUUGCUGACAGUCUAAUCCCUCAUUCCAGUCUUGAACCUGUUAAUUUCUCUACCACUAGGGAAUCCCAGGUGCAAAGGCACGAGCUGACCAUAGGGAGUAGAAGGCACUGAUAGCAUUUCUAAUUAAUGCCAUAACCUCACCCUUUGGUGGCCGACUUGGACACCCAUGUCACUGCGAUGGCACACUAUGCCUUUUCCUGCAUAUGAGUGCUCCAACAUACUUCUCACAUGCUAAGCAGGUAGUCUUCACUAACCUGGUAAGCUAAGCCCCAUUACCCUUUAGUGAUGGUAACGUCUUCACCUAUAAGCUUUUGUUUGCAAGUGGUAUAGCGGCAACUGGGCCACCAUCCAGCUCCCCUACAGUAAGCAGGCCAGGGCUGGCUGCUAACACCUACCCUCGUAUGCCAAGUUCUUGCAGCACCAUAACUAUUGUAGUCAUGGCUUUAUCUACCUCUGACAGAGAGCUGACCUUUUCUAACACAAUCAUUCUUCGUAGCAGAAAGUAUCAAAAAUACAUCGUUUUGCCUUAUAUGACUUUGAUCAUGUAGUGAAAUACUGAUAACAAACCCAUUUUUGUUUCAUAUCCUUGAUCUAUUUUUACUGCAUACUUACUAAAUGUUAGGAAUGCCUAGUCUUAAAGUAACUAUAGUUUGCACACUCAACAUCAUAAGUGGCAAGACUUGUGUUUUUAUGUUUAGGAAGCGCACACUAACCAUAGACCAAGAACUGUAUUAUACUGUCUGGUUUGUUGCCUCCAUUAGUAUAGGGCACUGGUUUUCAUUAAAAGGAGACGGGUAGUACUAGUAUUGCUACUUAACUCAUUGUUUUGUGUAGGAAAGUAUAAUUCAAAUAAAGCACUUUCAAUCCUAAAGGAGCUGACAGUGCCCUUUUAUAUCACUUGCCUUUGUCUUGUUCCUCAUUAUGCAGUGAGGUGAUAUUCCAGAAAAAGUACACUGUCAUGCCUUAACCGCUGUGGAAUAUGACCAGAUAUUUUGUAUUUUGUAGCUUAAGCAUUUGACACUUAGUGCCAGGAAAAGUCCACUGACUAGCACAAGGUUCUGGUUUUACCAGAAAACAGUGUGAUGAAACAUUGUCACUUGGUGAAGAGGGCUAGAGCUAUAGGUAAAGAUUUCCAUUUACCAGCAGAACCUGCCUAGAAUUUAUUGAAUUAAUUAAAAAAAUUAAUGCAGACUAUUUAAAUUUCCUUUUGAAAGCAAGGAACAGCCAUAUUUAUAAAACCACUUGUAGAAAAUGACCCUUCUUUAAAGGUCAGUAAAUUUUUUCUUGCCUCAGAUGAUAAAGAAAUGCUAUAAAAGUAAAGCUUUAUCUAUUUUUAUUGGGGAAUGUUGUGUACUGUAUUAACUCUUAAGUUAUUUGCAAAUAUUGUUGUGUUUGUGUCUUGAUGUCCAGCAGUGCCUUUGUAGUAAAAUUACCAUUUCCUGAAGUAGGCAGUGCCUUCUUUUUAUUACUGAAAAAGAACAGCAUAAGAAUAAAAAUAUUAAAAAGUCAGGUGGAUUAUAAUUAGUCCUUCAGCUUUUGUGGCUUUAAGAUGCUAUUGAUGUUCUUCUAAUUUAUAAAUUGUGUGUUUAAAUAAAAAAUAUUUAAAAAACUCAU